AUGAUUCCAACGCGUGGUCUUGCUUCUAAUUCUUCACCAUAUGGACCAACACAUGAUCCUGCUUUUAAUGCUUCAUCAUAUGGACCACAACAAUACGCAUGUAAUGAAACCUCAGCAGAUAUAUUGAAUCAAAAUAGUAAUUUCUAUCAAAGAGAGACACCUAUGUCGACAGAAUUAAAUUAUGUUCGUGCUAUGUUUAAAGUAAGUCUUAUUAUGUAUUGA